AUGGCAAAGCAGUUUAUCACCGAGUUGUUCCCUUCAUUACUGCCUGUUUUAUUUCCAUCAAAAAGUAAAACAAUGAUUAUCAAAAAGAUUGAUGCAAUUGAUCCAAGUGAACUUGACAUCCUCUAUUCGGAAGUUCUUAACCAAGAGCCAUUCAACUCAAAGAACUGUUUGUUUAUCGCACAAUUCUUGAAUUACGCGAUUUGUGAAACUAAAGUUGUUGAUGUGAAAUCUAUGGUUUCUACAUUGUCUAUCAUUUCCGCUCUUCCUAUUUCUAACAUUGACAAGGGCAAUGGCAUUUCUGCAUCAGCAUCGACAAGUCUUGAAGAAAUGAACACAGACAUGCAUCCACUCGAGAAAUCAUCAAGACUGAAGCGAAAAUGA